UCUGUUGCUCCAUCUAGUGAACCAUCCGUUUCUUCAAGCUCUGUUGCUCAAUCCAGUGAACCAUCCGUUUCUCCAAGUUCUGCUGCUCCAAGUUCUGCUGCUCCGAGCUCUGUAACUCCAAGUUCUGCCUCAAGUCUGGAAAGCAAAUCAACAUCUAAUGAGGAGGAAAAGUCGACGAUAUCUACUACCUUACCACCAACUACUGCCCACGCCACAACCACGGUAACAUCCAAAUCUUCAAGCUUUACUAACAUCUACCAAAGCUCUAUUUCUUCAGCAGAUGUACCAACAACUCAAAGUUUUGUUAACCCUUCUAAAAUUUCAACUGAGACCGGUGUAACACCUUCCAAUGGAGUUUCAACUACUACCUCCGCAAGUGAGGGACCUACUACAACAUUGGUUCCUUCUGGGAAUUCCCAAUCAGUUACUACUAACUUAGUCUCCGUCGAAACUCCAGCUUUCUCUCAAGAGGUGCCUACUUCCAUUUCAAACAUCCCAUCAACCCAAACCGUAAGCACACCAAACACAAUAGCCCAAUACACUGCUACCAGUUCAACUCAAAGUGUCAUAAAUUUUGAAAAUGCUGGUUUUAAAUCAUAUUAUUCAUACUCCUUAAUGACUAUAUCUCUAUUCCUAUUCCAAAUCUUGUAA